AUGACGUCUGCAACGCGAUUGUUGCGUUUUUACAAAAAUGACGUCUCAAGGAGUUACGUUAAUCCCAUGCGGAGAUGGGUCUAUCAUUAUCUCUUUGGUGGUGCUCUCCUUGGUGGUGGGUUGUACGUGUACGGGCAGUAUCAAUAUGCUGCAUGGGAGGCGACACGUUAUCCCGAGCGUGGUGAUCGACUAUGUUCACCAAGUAUGUUGGAAAUGCUUCUCUUACUUCCUUUAAAUUACCUUUCAUAUGCUUUUGGAUGUCUUAGCGAGAGUGAUUACCUUCCGGAGUCUUUUCAUCGUUUUUUCAUUGGGGCAAUUGUUUGGUGGUAUGCUAUAGACUUAUCAGAAGGAAAGAAAGAGGAAUUCUCAACACUGCAAGAAUUCUUUGUACGGGAGUGGAAACAAGAGUUACGGCCAAUAGCACCAACUCCUGUAACUUCCCCUUCAGAUGGAAUAGUUUUAUCUGUGCAAGAAGAUAUCGUAGAUGAUCAGCUAGUUCAAGUCAAGGGAAUGACGUAUAGCAUCCGACGGCUCCUUCAUAGAGAUAUGAGUCCAGUGGAAAAUGGAGAAAAACGGAUAGCGAUUGCCUUACACCUUCGUACUCAAGACUAUCAUCAUGUAAUUUCCCCAUGUUCAUUCAACUGCAGUGAAGUUGUUUACAUUCCUGGAGGUUUGUUACCGAACACUCCAGCAGGAUAUCAUUGGAUUCCUUCUCUUCUUCCCCUCAAUGAGCGGGUGGUACUCCUAGGACGGACCAACAAUGUCUCUACUAGUAGUAGUAGUAGUAGUAGUAGUAGUAAUAGUGCUAGAGAUGGUAAGGACAGUAAGAAUAGUAACAGCAAUAAUAAUAAUAAUAAGAAUAAUACUAAUAUUGGGAUGGCUCUAGUGGGUGGUACCUUGACAGGACGUAUCAUGCUCCAUUUUGAUGGUCGAGUUCAAACUAACUUUUUAAAUCCACCAGAGUACGCUGUUCAUCGACGUUAUUCUACUGAACCUCUUUUUCAGAAAGGUGAUCCCUUAUCUACCUUCUACUGGGGUUCCUCUGUUGUACUCGUAAUGGACGUACCGAAGCAUGCCUCUUUGGCUGUCAAAGCAGGUGAUGUUGUAAAGGCCGGAGGGACGCUGAUAACAUAUUAA